AUGCCAAUGACAUGGCAUAGUAGCGAAAACUUACCACAUCAGGUAAAUGCUUGUGUUAUAUGUCGCACAAAUUUUAGCGAGAACGAUGAAGUUCUAACAACUGUAUGCUCGCACAAAUUUCAUCGGCAAUGUUUGCUAAAUUGGCUAAAACGCAAUCUGGCCUGUCCUCAAUGUCAGACUGCUUGCUGCAACAUCCGAGAUUUUGUUACUAAUACUGGCAUGCGUACACGGUCAAAGCGAACAGUUACUGAUGCAAACACCGUCUGUAAUAAUCCAGAUUUAGGUUCAACAGGACAAAGUAAUCAACCUGAAGAAAGUGCAAUGAGUUUACCACCACUAUUUUUGACGGGCUCGAAACACGAGUUGGAAAAAUGGUCGAACAACGAAUCAAAGGCGCAUUGA